GCAGACGUGCAUCGAGCGGACUCCCGCGUUGACGCAGUGUACGGGCGUAGCGCGACCAACACCGUGUUCUACGAGGUGUGUUGCCUAGGUGGUGAACCUUUCCCGUCAUCUUACGAUUUUUACUUAACGGCAAUCGUGCGUGAAACAUCUUGCCAGGCUUCAUUUCUGACGUCGUCCUCGCGAACGAUUCGUCGAACGUCAUCCGUGCGGGAAGGAAAAAAUAGGCAGGAGUCGUCGCCGAGCUCUUUACCAGAGCCAGCUGAGAAGAUCGUGCUUGCGGAUUGUCAUCGCCUCAGGGAGAUCUCACCGGACCACUACGGAUCUUCGGAUGUGUGACGCCUAACUUGAGUGUGCCUGGAACCAAACGCCGCCACCGUUUUUAUUGCCCUACGCCGUGAACAUCGUCUUCGCCGUGGUGGCUUCCGACCACCGCGCUAACGGAUAAUGGAAUGGCGACCCGGUUACAUCGCAUGAGCUUUUCGCCGGCAGAAAACCUGGGGUCCCAUCAUACUAUGGAAAUAAAUCCUCCAUACAGCAACCUUCAAAGAAAAGACCAGCAUGGCGUGAUGGGCUUCCUUGGUGGGCUUCCCUCGCUGCCAGGUGGUUCCCAGCCGUUGCACCAGCCACAGCCGCAGCACCCACUGGCUGCCGCCGCCACAGUGCAGCCCGGCUCCACAGGGGACAUGCAGCAGCAGCAGGAGCACUUACAGUUCCAGCAGCAGCUCCUGCAACUCAAACAGGAGCAGCAGGUGCAACAGCAGUUGUUGCUUCAGCACUACCAGCGGCAGCAGCAGCAGCUGGCCCAGCAGCACGAGAAGCAGCUGCAGGAGCGAAUUAAAGAGUACCUCGAGCACCAGCGGCAGAUCCAGGAAGAGCACAAACUGGAACGUGAGCGCAUUGAGAAAGACCGCCAGCUAGACCAGAUCCGCAAAAAGGACAAGCAUGAACAAAGUGCUGUGGCAUCUUCUGAAGUGAAACAAAGGCUACAGGAGUUUGUCUUGAACAAGAAGCAGCGGGAAGCAGCAGCUAACAAUGCCAACACAUCCCCACCAAAUUUCAGAAACUGGUCCAGGCAGCGUUCUUCUCUGGAUCAAGCUUCGCCUCCUUCAACAAGCGCUGUUUCGCCUCAGUGCAGACAUCUGCUUCUGGGGAAGUACGACGACGAUUUCCCACUACGGAAAACGGCGUCGGAACCAAACCUUAAGGUGCGCUCUGCGCUGAAGCAAAAAGUAAUUGAGAGGCGCAGCAGCCCGCUUCUGAGGCGCAAGGACAAAGGGCCCAUUCCUUUGAAGCGGCGGCCGCUUACAAUUGAUGGCAGUGGAAGCAAACCUGACUCAUCAGAAGGUUCCCCGCCAAACGGUUCCCUGUCCCUGCACUCUUCUCUGCAUUCCAGUAACGGUAGCACACCCAUUCAGGAGGAACCUGGCACUUCUCCGUACCAUCCUCUGAACCAGGGUGGCAACAGUGAUCUCGCGCUCUACUCAUCACCCUCCAUGCCCAACAUCUCCUUGGGGCGUCCCCCUGUGGCCACCAGCACAGCCGAUGGGAAAAUUCUCAACUCUGUCUCCGAGGCCCAAGUCCGUGCCAUGGCAGCUGCACGUCUUGGGAUGCCACUCACAUCACAUGUGUUGCACUCAUCAUUGCCUUUCUGCUCACCAUUGCCAGUAAUAGAUGGAGAGUUCACUCCUCCAACCAGUCCUGGCUACAUCCAGCAGCAGAUGAAAGGCCUGGAACAGUCACCCGGAGCUCCAGGGCACGUGCUGCAAGUUAUGUACGCGCCGCCUCCCGGCACUGUUAUCACUGACGCUCAGGUUGCACAAGCACGCCUACACAGGACCAUCCAUCGUCCUCUGGGCAGGACACAGUCAGCACCACUACCCCUUGGACAUCCAAUGUUGCAGCCACAGGGUGUGCUGCUCAACGCACAACUCUUUGAGCAACAGCAACAACACAACUUGCUCAAGCAGCACAUUCGGCAGACAGUGCUGACUCGGGCGGGCAGCAAGAGCCAGGUAGUGGAGCACGUGGAAGAGGAGACUGAAGCCGCUGUCGCACAAGAAAUGAAAGACCAGCCCGAGGUCAUCGACCUCACCGACUCGCGCAAGGGAUCAUCAGCUUCAGCAGCAGAAGGGGCACCACCUCCUCACACCUCUGGCACCACCCUGCUGCAGCUUCAGCAGCGACAAAGGGACCUCCUCAACCGGCACUCACUUCAUCUUGGUGCUGGAAUGGAAGGUUCUGCAUUUACGCGGCACCAGCACGGUGCACGUCCACUCUCUCGAGCCCUCUCGAGUCCGCUGGUGAGCCUGAGUCCUCCUGGUGGAAGCAGCAGCCCCCAGCACCAGUCGGAACUGGGCAGCCCCCCUCCGCCACAUGGCAGUCCCCCACACCGGAUGACCACAGCGUUGGCCUAUGACAGUCUGAUGCUGAAACACCAGUGCAUCUGCGGCGAUUACUCCAGCCACCCAGAGCAUGGUGGCAGAUUGCAGAGCAUCUGGGCACGGCUGCAGGAAACAGGACUAGUGGCUCGCUGCGAGAGGAUCCGGUCACGAAAAGCCACGCUGGAGGAGAUACAGUCUUGUCAUGACGAAGGCUAUGCUUUCAUGUUUGGCACUAAUCCACUGAACAGGCAGAAACUGGAAAUGAGCAAGCUAGAGCUUCCCAUCAAAAGCUUUGUGAUGCUACCAUGUGGAGGCAUUGGCGUGGACUCGGACACCACCUGGAACGAACUACACACGGCGAGUGCAGCACGUAUGGCCGCUGGCUGUGUUGUCGAUCUUGCUCUCAAGGUGGCCAUGGGUGAAGCCAAGAAUGGUUUUGCUGUCGUUCGCCCUCCCGGUCACCAUGCAGAGUUCAAACAAGCAAUGGGAUUCUGUUUCUUCAAUUCUGUGGCAAUUGCCGCUAAGCAGCUUCAGCAAAAGCUCAAGGUGGAGAAGAUUCUCGUGGUUGACUGGGAUGUCCACCAUGGGAACGGUCUGCAGCAGAUCUUUUAUGAUGACCCACACGUGUUGUACAUCUCCCUCCAUCGACAUGAUGAUGGCAACUUCUUUCCCGGCACCGGUGAUCCUCAGGAGGUUGGCAUUGACGAUGGCACAGGCUUCAACAUCAACAUUGCAUGGUCCGGUGCAUUGAAUCCGCCAAUGGGCGACGCCGAGUAUAUUGCAGCUUUUCGGACCAUUGUGAUGCCCAUAGCUCGAGACUUUGACCCAGAGAUUGUCUUGGUUGCUGCUGGCUUUGAUGCAGCUGCUGGCCACCCACCACCACUUGGCGGAUACCAGAUAUCGCCUGCCUGUUUUGCCUACAUGACAAAGCAGUUGAUGACCUUGGCCAAGGGCAGAGUCGUGCUUGCUCUAGAAGGGGGGUAUGACCUGCCAUCCAUCUGCGACUGCUCUCAAGAGUGCGUAGCAGCACUUCUGGGAGAUGAAUGCACACCCUUGCGUGAAGAGGAGGUCACCCGGCAGCCUUGUACAGCUGCGGUCCAGCUGCUGCAGAAAACUGCCGCCAUUCAAGCACCGCACUGGCCCUGUGUGAAGAAGUGGGCCCCAACCAUCAGUUCUUCUCUUCUCGAGGCUCAGCAGAAAGAGAAGGAAGAAGUGGAGACAGUCACUGCCCUGGCCUCCCUCUCAAUGGCUGCUGCACAGAUGCAGGGUCCAAAGUCAGAACCACCUCAGGAGGACGAACCAAUGGAAGAGGACCAAGAUAAGUGAUCAGCUGACGGUGCACAUGAUGGUAACAAUGCAGAUAAACCAGUGAAAAAUUUUCGACUGGACUGGUGCAUAUCGCUGAGGACUCCUGCCCAAAUGAGCCAAGGAACACAAGUUCACACUGCAUGCAUCAACAGACAGAAAACGGGGAGGCAGCAUUGUCAGGGGCAACGUGCACCUUUUAUCACUUCUGAGGAUGACGUGUUGUGCGACUGUUCUCAUGAAGUCCGAAGGUCAACUUGGUCAAGAACCAGGGGUGCCCAACAAACAUUUGGAUUGACACAGUCGUGUCAUGCUGUCAUCCUGAGUUGGCCUGUUGCCUAUUGUUAGAUCAUAAUUUUUCAAUACUGUUGCAGGUUUGCCAAUGCUGUUGCUGCCAGUCAUAAUGCCACAGCUGGUUUUGAAGGAAGCACAUUUGAUGCUGUUUCGAUACUUAAAGCAUAACAUGAUUAUAGUUGGGGUUCCAAUCAACAGGUUCAGAUGUUUUGGCAGCGAGUUGUAGAACAUUACGCUGAGUGAAAACAUCUGUGUUUAGAGCUGGACCUCUGACUUUUGAAGUUGAAAACAUUUGAAAAGUAAUGCACUGUGUUUUACCCAGUUACGUAACAAGUAUUACGGCUGCUGUCAUCUUUAAUGCUUCCUACUUGCUGAUGUGUGUCGAGUGGCAGUUGUGUGUCAUGAGUGCACGUUGGUUACACAUAUUCAAGGCGAUGUGACCUAGACGCUGCACGUUAUGUUAACUCCAAACUGGUCCAUUUUUGGAAGUUGCACUGCUAUGACUGAAAUGAUGCUGCGAAUAUCUGCCAUGCGUCACCUAAAAAAAAACGACAGAGCCUGUUAGGCUACAGCUUGUCGAAUUGAAAGAUUUUUCGCAUCUUGUAUCAUUGUACCUAUCUUUCAGAGUGCAUCGUCGUUUCAUGCAGUCUCACGUAUAUUUUCUAGCGCCAUUCACACCGGGUUCAAUAGUUCUAACUGUGCACCAGCUACGUCUUUGAACAAGGAUGUCAGUGUGACAGUGAGCUUGCAUUGAGAUUUCGAUGUAUCACCUGGUGCCCUGAGAUGGCCCAAACAUUACACAACAAAGUUGGUAUGCUGCUUUGCAUUUUCUGAGAAGGAAACGAGUUUGUGAUCCAAAGAAAUUUACUAGUUUUGCGAAGCAUUCUGAAGGAAUGCAUUGCACGCUGACCUCAAUGGUGUUAAUAAGAGGCUAUGGGAACACUGAGAAGAUAAAGGUAGUAUUUUAAAACGUUGCAGUGGGUUAUGUGGUGUGCAAUUUUGGGGGUAACAUUGCGAUGUACAACUGCACUUUGUAUACGCACAAGUAUACGCACAAGUGUACACGCGCUGUCCGCUGCACAACCUCAGUACAGCAUCAAGUAGGGAAACAACUAGACACCCUUUUUCCUUGAAAGGAAGGAAGAAAGAAAAGAACGAGAAAUAAUCACUUACAACCAUUGCAGCCAUUUUUACGGAGACGAGUGAGUGGGGAGUACUAGUUUGUCACCAUAGUGAUUAUUAAACAAACGUGUUUUUACACUGCUGCAGUGGUCUUAUUAUGCCACUGUUCUGGGCAUUACAUACUACAGUCUUUUGGAUGUACUAAGUUCUUGUGAGCUUUAUGACGAUUUUAAAACAAUGCUAGUCAGAACCUCGCCAGUAUCACAUCUCCGGGGGGACGUGCUGAGUGUUUUUUCAGCAGCAGCUGAAAGCAAAGUGCCCGCCUGCUUGUCACUGUCUUUCGCUACCCAUAGCUGCGAGUAGUAGCCUUGGGUACACUGCUGUUGUAGGCGCUGACAGACAUGUUUUCUCGGAACUGUUCGUGUGAGGUAGCAGGCGGCUUCAGGCUUUCUGGGCCUUCAGAUGGGGUGCAACCUGCCAGUGGCUGUGCCCUUGGCACUGGCAUGACUAGUAUGUUUCUAUUAGUCAUACUCAGAAUGACUGAUAGGCAAAUUUCUACACUCGUUUGCCUUGCACAUUGCAUUUUAUCUUUUUUGCUGUUGCAUUAUUUGAACAACCAGAACAAAAUUUCAUUGGUCUGUGGUUCCCUGUCCUACAACUUUCUAGGCCACACUCUGGUUUUUUUUUGUUACUUGCACAUGCAUGCAAAUGCACAGGACACGCAUCACACAAACACACAAAUAAUGCAGACACAUUUACAUGCAUGCAGCACACUUAAGUUAUGAUCUGUUGCUUGAGCUAAAGAAUAAAGGGUUCAGAAAAGUGAAAAUUGGUCAGUCCAGUGUGCUGGCCUUGUUUGCUUGAAAGGGCGCUGAUGGUGCCCACACCAUUCAUUGUGUAAAUAUGUUCAUUCGAAACAUGCUGAAGAGGCUAGCGUGAAAGAAGCGCGCAAGCGCUAAUUUUAAAACUGCUUGGUAAGAUCAGAAGAAGAACAAAUGCUACGGACAGGGGCUCGCGUCUCGUUCUUCAGCUGCGGUUUGCCAAGUGAUUUAAGUUCCUUAUAAAACUGGCGUGCUUUGUGAUGUACAAUAUACUUGCCGUGCUAGUUAAGUUUUCCAUUAAUGUCCUCAUGUUUUUCUUUUUACCUUCAUUUUUUGUUUUCAUGCGCUGUAUUUUUUGACUGUUGAAUGUUAGUGUUUUCCCAUGCUGUGAAACCUGAUGUGAAGUUCAUGUAUAUCUGUUUCUUAUCCGUCUGCGUGUGUGCAUGUGUUGGCAUAUACAUAAUUAUAUAUAUAUAUAUUGUACGAGUUUCACGCAUUGUUAAAAACACACGGCUUGAUAGAAUGGCAAUGUUUGCGACUAAGGUUCUGCUCUGGUCUGCAGAUGGUUGCUUUUCUUGUGUUGCUCUCUGGCAUUUCACUCAUGACUUGAUUUCUGGUUAUCUUGUGCACAUUCGAAAGCUGCUUUGCUUGUCCAUUGAUCACUUUUAUUUGUAAAUACACAAGUUGUUUUAAGAACGCUCAUUUAUUCUUGUAUACUUUCUUUCACCCAUCUUCGUCACUCAUUUGUUGUGUUGUGCCAUUACUAUUCGCUCCCCUUCCGCUCCGCACCUGAGCAUCACUGACGAUACUAUAUACAUAUAUACAUAUAUACAUGUUGCAGCGCCAUAUAGUAUAUCAUUUGUACAGUGAUGAUUUUACUCCGUCUUGAUAAACCUGAUUUCAAGGUCAAAACAAAGUAGACUGCAUAACCUGUUGUUGGCUGAGCGCUUAAUUAAGGAACAACACGCUCGCUCUGUUUUGCGAAGUUUGAACCCGUAGUCAGUUUGAGGGCUCUCAGAAAAUCGUAAACAUAAAAAAGAACAGGUGCUGAAGUUCAGCUUUGCGUCAAAGUGCCUAGCACGAAGUCUAUAUCGGUAACACUGUGCUGAUUUUUAAAAUAAAUUAUUAAGUCGACAUUAUCUGUCGGUUGAAAAAGAUAAAGAUGAGCUAAGGGUGGGACAUGUUGCGUUAGUUCUGCGUAGAACUCACAUUGGCCGUAUUGGCAUUUAUACAAAACUGUUCCAAAUAAUUUUGUUUUCACAUUGAAGUUACACUUAAGGCAAACAAUAAGUGAAGAUAAACUGAGAAUUACAAAAAUGUCUAAGUCACUUCAAGACAGAGUAAAGAGUAUGUGAUAGAAAGAAAUCUUGAGUUACAUAUGUCAGAACAUAAACAACACCACUGGAAGUAUUCAUAACCAGCUCUUGAUGCCUGCAUUAUAACUGGCCAUUGGCACAAGGCUCAGUGAAGCCGAUUUUAAGUAAUUUUCUCUUGGAAAAUUUCACUGGUACUGUAAAGCAUACUGCUCUGUCGACAAUUUCGCAAGAGUGUGUCCACUCUCGCUAAACCUUCUUCUGAUUUGCCAAGGAUAAUAAUGUAAGGAGAUUCUAUGCUUUGUAUCAAUACGUCACUAACGUACCGAUACUCUUAUUUCUCAGAAAAUUUUUGUCUAGGAAAUGUGGUGUUUUCAAUCGAAAAUUGUACAAAAGUAUGCCACCUCUUGACAAGGAACAAAGGCUAGGUGAUUUUGAACACUGACUGUCAUCUCUGCCAAAUUGAGUUGACGUUUACCUUUACUGUUCCUUCAAGAAAAGAUGCCUACGUUCCUGCUUACCAGCUUGCUCACUUUUUUUUUAAAACCAAUCUGACGUAAACAAGAAUAAUAUAAAGAGACAGACUUUUCUUUUGAUUUGUCUUAUGUGAAAUGCAUGUGCUGAGGUUGAUGGGUUGACGAAGACUUUCGUGUGAAGCUUUUAGGUUUCUACUGUGGCAGAAUUCCAGUGCGUGAAAAAUUUCAUUUUGCAAUUGUCAAGUUUUCUUUUUACUGUUUUUCCUGCAUGUCCACUCAUGCAAGACCUUCCUUUUUUUUUUUUUUAAAAUCUACAAAUAGCUGUUUUCACCAAGUGCAGAUACACACAAUGAUCAAUCUAGUCAAUAAACUGAGUAUCUCUGAGAUGCCCUCUUUUGUUGAACAUUUAAUACCGAGGUUCCUUUGUGCUUUUGUUUUCAAACGUUUGGAUAAUACGUUAAUGAAGCGCUGGUUUUUCAGAGAGAACAUUGCUGCAGUUAGCAAUGGCACACUUGUUGUGCAUGUUGGCAUGCAUCAAAAAGUGCUGGGUCAAGGCUAGUCAUGGUUAGCCAGAGUUGGCUAACGUGACAUGUUUCGUUUUUUUGUUUCUUUGUUUGACCCGCUUUGUUACGCAAGCAUGUAUAUUGUAUGUUGCAGAGGAUAUAUGCGAUAACUUAAGCUGUACAGUCAUAGAGAUAUUUGUGUUUUCUUUGAAUUGUUGCGCUAUUUCAUUACAAAGUGGAGACACGAUAAAUAGAAGCAUAUAUUUUUUGCCACGUGUAUGUACACUAUGUGCCAUUGUAAAGUGUGUUAUAUUAUUAUGAAGGCUGAAAAUAUGUAUUUGUACUAUCUCCCUUUUUUUUGUCAUGCAUUUGUUUCAUCAAUAAACCAUUAUUCAGUGCCUAUCA